AUGAUAAUGGAUAAAGAGAAGGACAGGGACAAGAUAUCAAAGAUGUCCUUGACACCUUCUUUGGCCAACAUUGGUGUUGGACCGACAGGAAUAACAACAAACUCAACUCAACAGAUGCAACUUCCAUCAAAGGAACGAUUCAAAGACUUGUUGUUGAUGAUAGAGCGUGAAUAUGAUGCACUUUGGGAGGAGAAUCAAGAAUUGAGAGCUAGAUGUGGAUUGACACCUUCUACCAAGAGUAUACAAUCAUCGAUCAGUCUUAAACAGAACCUCAAUAGUUAUAUUGUUAAUGAUUUACAACAACAGACCAAGGGAUCGAGCACGAGCAAACCACCCAAGCCAGUGAAGAAGUCAAAGAGUUCGAGUGGAGGUGGCAAUGGUAGCACGAGCAAGCCAAGCACAUCAAAGCGAGAUGGAUCACACAAGUGGAUCAGGGCAAAGGAUUACGUCGGUCACAGGGAUGGCAUCUGGGAGAUUACAACAUGUCCAUGGGAUAUCUUUACCUUUGCCACUUGUUCAUCAGAUAGGACAGCAAGAAUAUGGUCAGUGGAUGGACUCAAGCCACCAAUCAUAUAUACAGCGCACACUGGCACGGUGAACUCAAUUCGAUUCCACCCGACAGAGAGACUGAUCUGCACUGCCUCUGGCGACAAGACCAUCCACAUUUUCAAACUUCCACAAGAUCGUUCAGCCAAUUCAGGCUACAGAUCACCUCUUCCACAACAACAGCUCCAACAACAGCAACAACAAGUGGCGAACCAACAACCUACUGUUAUGGUGACACAUGCCAAGUCAUCUACUACACAACAUCAGCAUCAGCAUUCACCGCCUGGAGCACGAAGCGAACGUGGCAAGGUCAAGAUGUGGACACCUCUAUUGGAACGAUCAAAGUCACGUGACGAGAUCAACAUCCCUCCACAACCACUCGACCCGCCACCACAUGGUCAUGAUCUGUUUGACUCCAACGACAUGUCUGAUCACGAUCAGUUUGAUUCUGAUGAUGGUGACGAUGAGGACAGCUUUGAUCGAGCGGAGGAUCAACAAUACUUUAGUCCAAUCACACCACAACAUCAACAGCAGCAACAACAUCAACAGCAACAACAACAGCAACAGAACGUUGCACACUCACCAUUUGUUCACGAGCUUGACCUUAGAGCAUCAGAUGAACUUGACCACAUCCAACAGCAGAACCAACAUCAACAUCAACAACAACAGCCCCAACAACCUCAACAACAACAAUCCCAACAACAACAAGGCGAUCAAAGUUGCACGUUCCUACGAACACCAAUCCUGGAACUCAAGGGACACUCUGCCCCCGUCACUGCGGCCGUCUGGACAUCGAGCAACACAGUUGUGUCUGCCAGCUGGGACAAUUCCAUUCGUUGGUGGAGCGCAGAGAACGGCAAGACCACAUCACAAUGGACCAACGUCUGCUCGGACAAGGUGCAUCGUAUCACCAACAUCACAAGUGUGCCAGGUCUGAGCUUCGCCGUCACAUCCAGCACAGACGGCGUGAUCAGAGUGUGGGACGCGCGUUCCUCAGCGAGCGGUCCAAUCGAGUCGAUCCACGGACAUCACGAUGCAGUAAACUCUGCUCUGUUCACCUACGACGGCGAGCACAUUGUCAGUGGAGGCGAUGACCGCUCGGUCAAGGUGUGGGACAUCCGACAAACCAAGAACUACAAGACAUCAAUACGUUGUCCAUUGAGCAUCAACCGUCUGUCCGUAUCGCAGAGUACAUCGUCUCCGGCGACCAUAGCCAUUCCACAGGACGAUGGAAGGAUAUCAGUGUAUGACAUCUAUGGCAACAGGAAUGGCAAGUUGAGGGACCAAUAUAAAUAUGGUCACAAGCUGAUGGCAACAGGAACAGCAUGGUCCAAUGAUGAUAGUGUAAUCUUUUCAAGUGGAUUCGAUAGGAGGAUCAUCACAUGGGCAACGACAACAUCAUCAUCAUCAAACACUGACUGA